AUGGCAACGUCGUUCGGACAGCGAUACAUCCAGCUUGCCUCGAGCCUCCCUGUAUCUGACUGGAAUGGCCUUGGGAACGUGACCCAGGUGGACCUUGGGUUGAACCUAAGGCGCUCCAUGGCUUGGGCCUAUACGUUGGCUAUGUGGUUUGCUGACUCGUCUAACAACCUCUCCGUGUCUGCUGCUAAGAGGAACUGCCUUACAGCCCGAGUGCAGGAGCUUGAGAAAGAGCUUAAUGAAACCAAUGCUAAGUUUUCGGAGGUCCAGACCAAAUUUUCCAACUUGUCAUCGAAGAGGAAGGAAGUAAAGGCCAAGACCAAGAGGCUAGAGGACAAGGUUACUUGCUUGGAGCGUGAACUCCAGGAAGCCAAGGCCAUCGCGGUCUCCUCGCAGCAGAGAGUUACUCAGUUGGAGGCCGAAGUCGAGGCCCUCGGGGCCGAAAUUCAGUCGGCACAGGAGAGGAAUGCUUCCUUGGAGGCGGAGAGGGCUACCACCGAGCGCAGGUCCAUAGACCGUGCCCUCUAUAAUGUGUGGAGGCAGGAUCCUAACUUUGACUUCUCUUCUUUUGGUGAACAUGCCAUUGCUCGAGCGGCCCGGUGGAGCGCCCAUGGUAGGAGGCCCUGAAGCAGUCGUGUCCUAACUUUUGUUAGCUAGCAUACCAUGGGUGUAUGCUCUUUUUUUUUUGUACUUCGGGCCUUUGUAAUAAGACUGUCAUUACUAUUUUCCUUUGACAACUCUUGUACUGUUUUCAAGACCUUCUUUUUCAUUGUAUAUAUACAUGAGUUGCUAUUUAUCUUUUAUUCUACUGCAUAUG